AUGAUUGGUUCACGUCAAACACGCGGUGAUGCCGAAGGGGCUACCGGUCGCAAAUGGACCGGCGGUGCUCGGGGAGAAGGCCAUGCGAUCAUACUACGUUCCGGACCGGGUGCGGGCGGAGCAGCUGUAAGCGCCACUAAACCGGUUGCCGGUGUUGGUCCCGGUCGNCCCGGUCGUGCUCCCGGAUCAGAUCCCACAUCGGUGCUGCAGGGUAUUGGCCCGAUUUUCGGACCAGAGACCGAAUUCAUUGAGGAUCGGUUUCACGAGUUGGGCAACCAACUUGGUCGAUUUGUUGGUAUGGAAGAACGGUUGAGUAAAAUGGUUCAGGGAGCAAAUCGUUUGGUUCAAAUGGUCAAACAGAUUACUCAACAGCAGAAACAGAUCCUAAACAGUCUCACCCAAAAAGACGGUCGACGAUUGGUGGGCAGAGGUACUCGGGGUGCACAUAAAAGUCUGCUUCAUGAGGCGGUCAUGAAUGCCGUGAUGGGCCUCGGCUCGCACUGCACGGAAAUCGAGGAGAAGAUUGAGGAGAAAAUCCGCAUUGAGGAACAGUGCGUAAAAGCGGUACUCACUCGCACGAACGCGGAAGAAACUGAACCGGAUAUUGUAUUGGAACCAAAACCGGGACCGCCAAGUCGCAGUCUUCGAGGGAUGCCGACAAACGGUCGCAUUCUGGAACGCUUGAUUAUCAGUCAUCGAUUGUGGCGAAUUGUACCAUUCAAUUUCGAAAUCUAUCCGGGGAUACGAAUGAAUGUUCCACCGGGAAAAUUGAAUUGGAAGACGACUUACAAUGAAUAUCGUACAUUCAAAAUCACCGAAGAUCGCCUGGCCAUUCCGUAUGUGGGCAUGGACGAUGAGAAUAUCAACCCACCCCAAUUGAGCUUCAACAGUUACGAUCAAACAAGUGGAGUGACACGGAUGACCUUGCGUGGACGAGUUCGAGUGUUUCAAACGACGGACAUCAAACCAGACAUGUCCGAACAGACACGGACAUUGAUUGGGUACCCGUUGAAUCCUACCGGUCGUUCCGGUCUGCACGGCCGCGGUCUGUUACCACACUGGGGACCGAAUCAUGCUGUACACAUUGCCCUGACACGUUUGCACCCGGACGGUCUGGUCCGAGCCGGUCUACCGGUGAUCCAGGUCGCAGUACUGUAUCGAAAUCAGAAUUAUUGUUUACCAUGGUACUUGUUGGAUCAUCGUGCUGAUUGUGAAUUUCACGAGUGUACACCGAAUGUGGUCCGAGCAUUCAUCACCCGUCGUCUGUAUCACGUGAUCGAAGACAAGACGGAGGCGAAAAAUGCUUUGGGUGCCCUGAAAUCGGCAGACAUGUCACUGGUAUACACUGGAUUCUUGCAAGAUCAUCUAAAUGCUGACCAUGCGUGGAUUGAAACAAUAUUUAUGAACAUUCAACAAAAUCCGGAACUCGUGCUCCCGGCUCAAUUCCUCCAGGUAUUUCUUGAAAAUGACCACACGGAACAAGUGGUAUGGAUUGAUGUGUGUCGACAAUUGGGAAUGCGAGUAAGCCAUGACGAAUUACUCUAUCGGUUGGCCAUUCAUCGCAAAGUAUUCUACGAUGAGAGUAUCAGCGCCGAGGAUUAUCAGUGA